AGAUUUUUUUUCCAGAUGGGAGGUGUUUGUUCAAUUUGCGGUUCCAAUCCAGCCGAAGAGGAAAAGAAAAAUGAAAACGAAGGCGAAAACGCCGAAAAUAAAGAAGGCGAAACAGAAGCCGAAGCCACUGCUGCUACUGCUGAUGCCAACGCCGAUGCCGCCGCCGGCGAAGCUGCGGUUCGAAAGGACCCUCCUGAAGAGAUGAAGAUUGUUAAGGAGGAGAAAGGACCAGGAGAGGAAAUCCAAAUCCAAACACAAAAUUCGAAAAUGAAAAAGCAACAAUCGACGGUUUCGAUGUCUAUGAAAAAGCAACAAUCGACGGUUUCGAUGUCGAUGUCUAUGCAAAGACAACAAUCCAAGGCUUCCCAAAGGCAACAAUCCAAGUGUAACCUUCAAAGACUUGAAUCCAAACCAUCAGAGAUUGCAGUUGCAGCGGCAGCAGCCGUGGUGGCGGGGACGGCUAACAAGGAAGAGCCUAAGGGCGAAGCCGCAAAACCUCGGAAGCCUCAUAAUGUGAAGAGGCAAGCAUGUGCAGGGCUAAAGGUGGAGUCUGUGUUACAAACCAAAACAGGUAAUUUGAAAGAAUAUUAUAACUUGGGGAAGAAGUUAGGGCAAGGCCAGUUUGGGACAACUUUCCUCUGUGUGGAGAAAGGUACAGGGAAGGAGUAUGCUUGUAAAUCUAUUGCCAAAAGGAAACUUGUAACUCCAGAAGAUGUUGAUGAUGUCAAGAGGGAAAUUCAGAUAAUGCAUCACCUGGCAGGCCACCCUAAUGUUGUCACCAUCAAAGAGGCUUACGAGGAUUCCGUGGCGGUUCAUGUCGUCAUGGAGCUGUGUGCUGGCGGAGAACUCUUCGAUAGAAUCGUACAGAGGGGGCAUUAUUCGGAAAGAAAGGCAGCUGAUCUAGCAAGAACUAUAGUUGGUGUUGUGGAAGCUUGUCACUCCAUGGGAGUAAUGCAUAGGGAUCUCAAGCCUGAAAACUUUCUUUUUGUCAAUGAGAAAGAGGAUUCACCCCUGCAAGCCAUUGAUUUCGGAUUAUCAAUAUUCUUCAAGCCUGGGGAAAUCUUAAGUGAUGUGGUUGGAAGCCCAUACUAUGUUGCACCCGAGGUUUUGCGGAAGCAUUAUGGUCCAGAAGCCGAUGUGUGGAGUGCCGGGGUGAUCGUUUACAUUCUCUUAAGUGGGGUGCCUCCUUUCUGGGGAGAAACUGAACAAGAGAUAUUUGACGAGGUUUUGCAUGGUGAACUCGAUUUCACAUCUGAUCCUUGGCCUAACAUCUCCGAAAGCGCAAAAGAUUUGGUGAAGAAAAUGCUUGUCAGGGACGUGAAAAAGCGGAUAACUGUACACGAAGUACUGCGCCAUCCUUGGGUACAGGUCGAUGGGGUGGCUCCGGACAAGCCACUUGAUUCGGUAGUCUUGAGCCGUAUGAAGCAAUUUUCUGCAAUGAACAAGCUAAAGAAAAUGGCCUUAAAGGUCAUUGCCCAGAGACUUUCUGAAGAAGAAAUAGCUGGGCUGAAGGAAAUGUUCAAGAUGAUAGACGCAGAUAGCAGUGGACAAAUCACAUAUGAUGAGCUCAAAGUUGGAUUGAAGAAAUUUGGUGCUGAUCUUGAUGAGUCUGAAUUCCAUGCUCUAAUGAAGGCCGCGGACGUUAACAAUAAUGGCACGAUCGACUACGAAGAAUUCGUAGCUGCAACAUUGCAUCUAAACAAGAUCGAAAGGGAAGACAAUCUCAUGGCCGCCUUCUCGUAUUUUGACAAAGAUGGCAGUGGCUACAUUACUCAAGAUGAGCUCCAGAAAGCUUGUCAGGAGUUUGGUAUCGAGGAGAUCCACUUGGAUGAAAUGAUCGGAGAAGUCGACACGGACAACGAUGGUCGGAUAGAUUACAAUGAAUUUGUGGCGAUGAUGCAGAAAGGGAACCCUGAAUUUGGUAAGAUGACACUUCUAACCAAUGGGGUUAGAGGGAUUGGCACAUAGUCGACGAAAUACAAUCGUUUAGGGCCUUCUAAUUUAGUGGUUUAUUCUUUUGUUUUUUUUUUUUGGUUUUGCUGCCCCA